CACACCAUUACAUAUUGCAAUGAGAUUUCGCCACGAAAAUGUCUACAGACUUCUAGUAGAAGUAUACGAUGCUGAUCCUAAUGUGAGAGACUGGUCUGGGAAGAAACCUCGACAGUACUUGGUGCAUAUGGACACGUCACUGUCGCCAGGGUCUUACCGCAAACCCACCACCAAUAAUAUUUUACGCCGUACAGUUACGUCUGCGCCCACUAUAAGGGUAUCACAAUCCCAGCUUGAGCUGAUUAAGAAUGAAAAAGAAGGCUUCCUUCGUAUAGGGUCCCUAAACGUUCGCGUAAAGAAGACAACGGAAGCGUUUAGUAAUUUCCUAGGCGUUGGAGCUACAAGGUCAUCCGCGUAUGUACCUAAAUCAGCCCGUGACAGAGAUCUGGACAGACGGUCCGAUGAUGGGGAGCAACUCCAUAAAUCAUGGGGAUCGGCUGAUAAUAUACAGAAAGAUGAUAAGUUGAUGCCUCCCCCGAUGAGCAGCAAAAUCAGAAGACGUGGUGCUAGUGGAAGGCGAGGAGUUGGAGCUCACAGCCGAAGUACGCCAUCAACUCCAGAUCAGCCACGAGCGCAAAUGGGCGUUAGUGAAGAAGGCGAUUCUGAUUCUGAUUCUGCGGCUGGCUUUCACGCUGCCUGGAGGCAACCAAGAGGCUCACAAAGUUAGUUUCUUACAAUCGUUAAAGAUUUUUUGUCUUUAUCAAAAUAAGCAGAUAUUGUUCUCGUUUUUAAACAAAUAUGGUAGAAUGUACCAUUAUUGAAAUUAUGCUUGUAAUGUCAAUUAAUAUUUGACUUUAUCACAAUCACAAUAGAGAUUAUUUUUGAGCGAUUUCAAUUGUAUUGUAACAUGCUAUCAAUUCGCAAUAUAGCUAGUAAUUAUCCAUAUAUUCUUAUUCCAAUAUUUAUAAGGAUUACUUUUGAUUGUUUUAAAAUGAAU